UAAUUUUCGAUAUAUCGAUAGUAGGAUAGUCAAGUUGUUCAAGUUACGAAGUGAAAUUUUGUUUGUGAUUUUAAAUCACUGAUUUGUACUGGAGGUGAUUUAUAUAGUUAAUUAAAUAUUAAAAAUGUCGAGAAAAAUCGAGCAUCGUCAAGUAACUCCACUGUUACAAAUAUUUCGAGAGUUGAUACGAGGUAAACCUAUUAAAGAGGGAUUGAGAUUUACAGACGAAUUAGCUUCACGUACACAGCCAGACCCAAAUGUACCUGGUGGACCAUAUCAUAAAACAUCAAAAGUAUAUUACUUUACACGUGAUGCUAGACGUCUUGUUGAACCUCCAAUUGAAGUAGUUUCACGUAAACAAGUAACAGCAGGGAAAGAUGCUCCUAGUGAAAUUAAAAGCUGUACUCCAGGCGCUACUACGCAGGUUUCUCGCGCGACGAGGAUGACCCUCUACAUGGUGUCACACUACUGGGAUCUCCUCCCGUGAAAACGGCUAAUGGAUCACGGAAUCAACUAAACUAUGCGGAUCAACCAACAGUUCCGUCGAUUUUUUAUACAAUCGAACGAUUUUUCGAGGGCGUUUUACUCGUUGGUGCACAAUGACCUCUUGCUAUAUGGCAUUAUUCGACUUUCGAAUCUACGGAUUUUCAAAUUUUGGAAACUUGGAAAUUCACGUAGUUUUAAUUUACAAAUUUUUUCGUUCAGAAGUUUGGAAAUUUUGGGAUUUGCAAUUUUGAAAAUCAGGAGCUUGGAAAUUUAGAAAUUGUCAAGUUCAGAAGUUUACAAAUUUAGAAAUUGUCGAAUUCAGAAGUUUAUAAGUUUAGAAAUAAUCAAAUUCAUGAGCUUACAGAAAUUUGGAGAU